CUGUAAGCUCUCACUCCUAAAACCCAAAGACCAUAAAUCUCCUCCGUUGAACGUGCAAAUUUUCCGGUGAUAAAAGGACAAUGGCGGCUGCGGCGAGGACAGUGGGAUCAGGGGUGGUGUUGCCGCGGCCGGUGACAUUUGUUACCGGAAACGCUAAGAAGUUGGAGGAAGUUAGGGCAAUUCUUGGCCAGUCUAUUCCCUUUCAGUCCCUGAAGCUUGACUUGCCAGAGCUUCAAGGUGAGCCUGAAGAUAUCUCCAAAGAAAAAGCAAGAAUUGCUGCCAAAGAGGUGAAUGGACCAGUGCUAGUUGAGGAUACUUGUCUCUGUUUCAACGCCCUUAAGGGUCUCCCAGGGCCUUACAUCAAGUGGUUUCUGCAAAAGAUUGGUCACGAAGGCCUCAACAACUUACUGUUGGCUUGUGAGGAUAAAACAGCAUAUGCCAUGUGUGUCUUUUCUCUCGCUCUUGGGCCAAAUACAGAGCCAUUGACUUUUGUUGGAAAAACUCUGGGAAGGAUAGUUCCAGCGAGGGGGCCCAAUGAUUUCGGAUGGGAUCCAAUAUUUCAACCUCAUGGCUAUGACCAGACUUAUGCUGAGAUGCCCAAGGAAGAAAAGAACAAGAUUUCUCACAGGGGUAAGGCUCUUGAACUAGUGAAGUCACACUUCGCUGAGGCUCGAUACACUUUCCAGACGGACACCUCUGCCUAAGACUAGGGUGUAUGCUUCUGUAGUGACAUAAUUUUCAUGUUUUUGCUCAAGAGUUACAAUUGAUGACAGUGUUAUUCCCCUAGAUAAAAUAGGGUGGAGGAUGAGAUAUAUGAAAUAUGAGAACUUACAAUUGUUGUUAAUAGAUUUUGUGAUCUAUUUUAGAAUGUUAGAUCAUAGAUAAGACAGCAAAUAUUCUAUUGUUAAUGUACUGAUGUAUUUUCAGAUUAGAAGCGUAUUCUCCUAUA